AUGGCCCAGCUCCUCCAGCCCGCCGCCCCAGACCCGGGGCGCAUUUCCCAGAUUCUCCCAGCGGUCAAGUGCUCCAGCUGUGCCCAGCCUGUCCCCAUCGCUGAGCUCGGUGACCACAUCUGCCAGCCAGGCUCACCUGUCCCCUCUCUGGCCGGCAAGCCCCUCGUGUCCCCGCUGACCGCGCUCGAACUUGACCCUGCAAAGCACCAGAGUCGCGUCGCGUUCCCGGUCAAGACUAUCCAGGCGCAGCAGCCACCAGCAUCGGACCUAAUCCCCACUACUCCCACGAACAUCCCCCCCACAGCGCCCCAGGUCGUCUGCCGUUUGAGCGGCGGCCGUCCAAUCUCGGGGCAGGUUGAUACCAAGACUGGUGGGGAAGCUGGCAUGGCAGGCGUGGGCAUGGAGCCGCCGAAGACACCACUGUCUGCGACCCCGACGACCCCGUCUGCUGCCUCCAUCCGCUUGCCAUUCUUUGAGAAGUUCAAGGACAGCAAACUACGGUCCGAACUUCAGCCUGAAGACAACCUGGACACAACAGCGCCGGAUUCGGACGCAGAGUCUGACUACGGUGGUCUGGCAUAUGCUCGCUCAUCCGCUGACGAGGACGAGGAUGAGGAUAAGCCUCUCAAAACGAAGCUUCCCCCGAUCUCAACCUCCGUGACGCCGGCCAGCGAUUCUGACCACAAAGACAAGGUGCGCUUCCCCUCAAUAGCAGGAAGCGAAUCGCAUUACUCGGAAUCUCCUGUCUCGCCGCGCCUGCCGCAGCGCAGCCUAUCUGCGUCUACGGGCACGUCGACAUACAGUGCGCGUACGAUCGCGAAAUCCACUGGCGCGCUCGACCGCGUCAUGGAGACACUCCUCGAGGAUGUGGUCUCUCCCUCCACGAGCGCGGCCGCGAGCCCUGCCCCACUAACUGCCCCGCUGCUGCCCGAGAACCAGCGCGACAGCCGACCGCCGAAGCUGCCGACGCGCUCACAUACGAGCCCGACGCUGGGCACGGGGCGGGUAGAGCAGGCGCGCGGCAAGAAGCGCGUGAAGGAGCGUGUAUGUGCGAAAUGCACGAAGAUCAUCGAUGACGGGCGAUGGAUACAGAUGGAGGGCGGGAGCGUUUUGUGCGAUAAGUGCUGGAAGAGUAUGUAUUUGCCGAAGGUGCGUGCUGCCGUUUGCCUUGUGCCGGGUUGUGAGACCGACGAUGUUGUGGUGGGUGACAGUGCCGGAGAUGCGGCUUGA